AUGCUGAACCGUCGAGGACGCAGCAGUGACAAUGAUCUUUCGGAAGCUCCCGUGAGUGGUGCUCCUUCCACCAACGGUAGCACGGGUAAUAAUCAAAAGAUGCCGGGAGGCGCCCUGAAAGAUGUACCCAUCCUACCCAAGGAUCGUCGAAAACGACGCAAGGAGAAAUUGCGCAAACGCAAAGGUGGCAAGACCCUGAGAGCUUGGAUUCCCAUUUGUUUCGUCAUUUUCUACGUUUUAGUGGUUGUGGCCAGUUUGUCCCUCUUGGCCAGAUAUUUCUUGAAAUCUACUUCUUCCACUACUACUAAAACAUCAACCACUACUACAUCCAAUCAUGCAGCCAUUUCCACUCCAUCAUCAUUAUCAUCAUCUGGUGGACGUAAUAAUCCCAUCUUAUCGGCUGCAUACCCCAAAAUAUUACGCAAUCCACACGAGUAUCCUCCCUUAUCUCAAGCUGCCAUUGACAUGUGCACGCGCACGUUAUGGCACACGAUUGAAACCACCACCAUUGUCUUGCCCGACGGCGAAACGUUUAUUCAUACGGGAGACAUUGACGAUUUAUGGCUCCGCGAUUCGGCCGCUCAAGUCCAUCCCCUCCUGGUACCCCUCUUUGGUCCCAAUCGCACCCAAGCACUUGUGGCGUUAGAUCCCAAAUUGGAUCGCAUCGUGUCCGGUUUGAUUGCACGAACGGCCACGUAUAUUCGACACGACCCGUACGCCAAUGCCUUUCGCAUUGACGAUUCCUACAUCUUUUCCGCCGCGCAGAAAAGAAUGGGACGACACGAUCUCAUUUCUACAUGGAACUACGAACUCGAUAGUUUUGGGUUCUGGAUGCGGAUGGUAUACUAUUAUUGGAAACAAUCAUCUUCUGACACUGCAAAAAGUGUCAUUUUCUUGGAACGCGUCCAACAAGCUGCCGAUAUCAUGGUGGAUGUCUGGAAAUCGGAACAACAACACGAAAAUGACCAGUAUCCCACGGGGCCGUUAUUGGACUGUCUCAAUUGCAACAAACCCUAUCGAUAUCCCGGAUUGGCACGCAAUGGCAAAGGAUCUCCCACCAAUGCGUCGUCGGGUCUCACAUGGACGGGAUUCCGACCCAGUGAUGACGAAUGUCAGUACGGGUACCUCAUUCCCUCCAAUAUGCUUGCCGUCGUCGCCUUGGAGUAUAUUGUCGAAAUGGCAUCUGCUGGUGGGCCGUGGCAUAAUAAUAACCCUGCCUUGGCACUCAAAGCACAACAAUUGGCACACGAAAUUCAAAACGGCAUUGAAACACACGGUAUUGUGAAUCAUCCCCGGCAUGGGAAGAUCUAUGCCUACGAAGUGGAUGGAUUGGGGAAUAGUCUAUUAAUGGACGAUGCCAAUGUCCCAUCCUUACUCUCCAUCCCCUACUUGGGAUACAAACACUACGAUCCACAAAUAUACGAAAACACGAAACGAUUCAUUUUCAGCAAUGACAAUCCAACGUUCCAAUCGGGAAGCAAUGCCAUGACGGGACCCAUUCAAGGAUACGGGUCGCCACACAUGAAGGCCGCCAUUGCCCACAAUAUAUGGCCCAUGUCGCUCGCCGUGCAGGGAUUGACCAGUUCCGAUACACAAGAAAAGGCAAAACUCGUCGAAACGUUGGUGGCGGCAUCGGCCGGAACCGGAUGGAUGCACGAAUCAUUUGACGUUCGAAAUCCAAGGAAAUUUACUCGAUCCUGGUUCUGUUGGGCCGAUUCACUCUUUGCCGAGUUGGUCUUGUCCAUAACCGAUCAAUGUCCCCAAUUGGCGCACAAAUACAGAGUCAUGGAAUGGAGGGAUACCAAUUUGGUGGAGGGAGGAAUAUAUGCCGAGGAUUAGCUGCUGUAAACGAUAGAUGCAUGAGGACAAGAAGUCAACAAUACAGUAUGCAGUCUUGCGCGAGUUCAUCGACGGCUUGCCCUUUUGGUUCUUUGCCCCUCUUGAAGGAAUGCUGCAAUCGCAAUGGCAAUUUAGGGUUCAUGACUUCGAUUUCUCCUCUCUUGCUGAUGGGGGGCUCGUGAGUACUAUGGGGAACUCUCAAGACCAACCUUCCGAUCACAUUCCUGUUGUCUGCACCAUUGCAGCGAUAGAAAAUCCGUUCAAAAAGAUGAAGGGACACACGACAAGUGCUUUCAACUGUAGAGGCGGCUCGAGGGGCCGUUCUUCUAGCUUGCUAGUAGAUAGAUUGUCUCAGUUGUAUCCAUUUAUUUGUUCCACCUAUAAUGCU